AUGGUGGCUACUUCUACGAUUCUGAAAAUAACUCCGUUCCAAUGGAAUCCAUCUUUCCCAUACAAGCAACGUCCUAACAAUGUUCAUUUCUACUCCAAACCUCAACUCCUAUCAAUUCGUCUCCAAAUCGCCGUUAAAUACAAACAAUCUCCUUGGUUUGAAGCCCAAGUAAGAUCCAAUACCGAUUCAAAUCAUGCUCACUUGUGGAAGGCUUCAGUUUACAAAAUCUUGAUUCAGAUCAAGAAAACGUUAGAUUCUCUGAAAAAACCAGUUAGUGCCGCUGUAUUUAUGCUUACUCUUAUUUUGUUAUGUGAUCGGAACUUGUCCUUGGCUGCCUCUGGUGGUAGAAUUGGCGGUAGUGCCUUCUCGUCUAGGUCUAACACCUCUUCUUCUUCUUCUACGUCGUCUUCUCGUUCGCCAUCAUCAUCAUCACCUUCGAGCUACUCGUCUAGAAGUUCAAAAAAGGAAUCAUCGCCAUCAUCAUCAGCUUCGAGAGCUUCUUCUAGAAGCUCAAAAAAAAAAUCAUCGCCAUCGUCAUCAUCUUCGAGCUACUCGUAUACACCUUCACAAAACUCAUCGCCAUCGCCUUCAGCUUCGAGCUACUCGUAUACACCUUCACAAAACUCAUCGCCAUCGCCUUCAGCUUCGAGCUACUCGUCUACAACUUGGGAAAACUUUGCUCCAUCGGGUAAAUCAGCUCCAACUCCAAGCUCAGUGGACGUAUCUUCACCGUGGGAGCCGGCUCCAAGCUCCUCGGAGUCGUCUCUGAGAUCUGAGGUCUUGGUUAUUAGCUCCAAGGACUCAGCUCGGCCAAUAAUAUCUUAUUGGACCUUGUCUCUGAUGGUUGCAGCCUCUUUUGUGUUUUAUUUGGUCUCUAAAAUUAAUUCAAACCAGUCACAGAAUGACAUUUUUACCAAUGCUCAGAAACCUAGCGGCCAUGACAUUCUUACCAAUGCUCCGAAAACUAGCGUCCUAAGACUACAGGUGGGGUUGCUAGGCUCCGCGAGGACCUUACAACAAGAUUUAAAUCACCUUGCUGAAAAUGCAGACACAUCUACACCAGAGGGUCUAAGCUAUCUUUUAACCGAGGCAACAUUAGCGUUGCUCAGGCACCCGGACUAUUGCAUCUCCUGUUAUUCAUCAGUGGAUGUGAAGCAAUGUUUGGAAGAAGGAGAGAAGCAGUUUAAUAAACUCUCUGUUGAAGAAAGGGGAAAAUUUGACGAGGAGACACUUGUUAAAGUGAAUAACUUAAAGAUAAAAAGCUCAAAGAUUCACAGAGAUAGUGGUUUGAGCAAUGAAUAUAUUGUGGUAACCAUCUUGGUGGCUGUAGAGGGUACACUUAAAGUGGACACAAUAAAGGGAAGUGCACAUCUUAAGGAAGCCUUACUUGAACUCGGAUCGAUACCGAGUAAGAAAAUAUUGGCAGUAGAAAUACUUUGGACACCACAAAAUGAGAAGGACGUUUUGUCAGAAAGAGAGCUACUUGAAGACUACCCACUUUUGAGGCCUUUCUAA